ACCUGAAUCCCGACGUGAGAAGGCUGGAUUCAUCUGCCACUGAACUGGGGGCCGGUUCUCUCUCUCCCUCUUUCUCCUGUUAUGUCCAAGAUCUGCACUUUGCCUGGCAAUUGCUUUGAGUUCCAAAGGACCAGGGGACUAGGAUGAGGAGGAGCAAUAGAUAUUCCUUGAACCUGCUUUGGUUGUUGCCACCGUUCUUAGUGUGGACCGUGGUGGCCCUUGACUUGGGACCUUCGCCCUGCACCACCUUGGUCCAGGGCAAGUUUUUUGGAUACUUCUCCUCUUUUGCCGUCUUCCCGUUGAACGCUUCCCGCUGCAAUUGGAUUAUCCAGAACCCCGAUCCUAGGAGAUACACGUUGUACAUGAAGGUUUUGAAGCCCUCGGGUCUCUGCGACCAUCAGCAGAUACACACGUACCAAUUUGACUCCUUCUUGGAGUCUACACGGACGUACCUGGGCAUGGAGAGCUUUGACGACGUGUUGAACCUUUGCGAUGGCUCUACCCGCUACGCCUUCCUCCAGUCAAACAAGCAGUUCCUCCAGAUGAAGCAGACUCUGUCCAAAGUGGAUAGCGGGUGGAUCAGGUGGAAACCGGCCAAGGUUCAGGAAAGAGACUUCUCGGUUGAGUAUCUUGUGGUUGGCAACAGAAGCCCUAGCAAAGCCGCUUGCCAGAUGCUGUGCAAAUGGCUGGAUACUUGCUUGACCACCAGCAGCAGCUCACACCCUUGUGGCAUCAUGCAGACACCGUGCUCUUGUUUCACUGGAGAGGUGCUGGAUCAACCCAGUGAGAUCUUUGGCUUAACCAAAAAGCAGGACAAUUGUUUUAAGGAUGGGAUUUACCUGGAGAAUUGCAUGAGUUCCACCAAGGACACCACUGGGCUGGAUUUCUUGGGUGGAUGGAAUCCUUGGUCAACCUGGGGCGAGUGCACCAAAGACUGUGGAGGUGGCCUUCAAACGCGGACCCGAACUUGUCACACUCCUCCUGAUGAAGGUCUCAUCUGCGAAGGAGUCCUGGAAGAAGGGAGAUUAUGCAACAGGAAAGCUUGCAACCCUAAUGUGCACUAUAACUCCCGGAGUCAGUCUCUACGGUCGACAGAUAACCGGAAAAGAGACGACAUAGAAGACUUUCAGAAAUACGGCUAUCCUGCGCCACAGAUAGGUGAUCCAGCGGCGGAAGAGUGGUCGCCCUGGAGCGUCUGUUCGACCACCUGUGGGGAGGGCUGGCAGACUAGGACUCGGUUCUGUGUAUCGUAUUCGUACAGCACCCAAUGCAGUGGGCCCCUCCGCGAACAACGCCAAUGCAACAAUUCUGCAGUCUGUCCAGUCCACGGCACCUGGGACGAAUGGUCCCCCUGGAGUCUCUGUUCAUCAACCUGCGGACGGGGAUACAGAGAUCGCACCCGGAUAUGCAAACCCCCCCAGUUCGGAGGGAGCCCCUGCGAAGGUCCCGAGAAGCAAACCAAGUUCUGCAAUAUCGCUCUUUGCCCAGGCCACUCAGUGGACGGCAACUGGAAUGCCUGGUCCAGCUGGAGCUCCUGUUCGACCUCCUGCUCCAAUGGCACCCAGCAGCGGACACGGGAGUGCAACGGACCCUCGUACGGAGGGGCGGAAUGCCAGGGACCCUGGGUGGAGUCCCGGGACUGCUUCCUUCGGCAAUGCCCAGUGGACGGAAAAUGGCAGGUCUGGGGUCCUUGGGGAAGCUGUACGGCCACCUGUGGAGGGGGGACCCAGAAACGGGACCGGGUGUGCUAUGGUCCUUUCUUCGGAGGAGACCCAUGUCAAGGUCCCAAAGAGGAGUUCAAGCAAUGCAAUGAACGGAGAUGUCCAGAGCCUCAAGAAAUCUGUGAUGAAGACAACCUGGCCUCUGUGAACUGGAAAGAGACUCCAGCAGGAGACGCGGCAGCGGUCCGAUGUCCCCGGAACGCCACAGGGUUGAUCCUACGGCGGUGCCUGCUGGAUGAAGACGGUAUCGCCUAUUGGACGCUUCCCACAUACGUCAAGUGUGUCUCCAUAGACUACAGGAAUAUCCAAAUGAUGACCAGGGAGCAUCUCUCAAAAGCCCAGCGGGGGCUAGUUGGAGAAGGGGUCUCAGAUGUCUUGCAAAACCUGGUGGAGAUCUCUCAGGAUGGAACCAGCUACAGUGGGGACCUCUUGUCAACCUUUGAUGUACUUAGGAAUAUGACAGAGAUUUUCCGCAGGGCCUAUUACAACCCGACUUCGAGCGAUGUACAGAACUUCGUCCAGGUAAUUAGCAACAUCCUGACCGAAGACAACAGAGACAAGUGGGAAGAGGCCCAGCUGAUGGGGCCGAACAUCAAAGAACUUUUCCGCCUUCUGGAAGACUUCAUUGAUGUGGUUGGCUUCCGCAUGAAAGAAUUUCAAGACUCUUAUCAAGCGACCGACAAUCUGGUUGUCAGUAUCCAAAAGCUGCCUGUUAAGGCAGCUAAAGGUCUCACUUUCCCUGUCAAAAGCUGGCGAGGAAUGGUGGAUUGGGCUCACAAUGCAGAAGACAAGGUCACCAUUUCGAAAAGCAUCUUCUCCACAGGAAUAGCAGACACUGAUGACUCCUCCGUUUUUGUGGUGGGCACGGUGAUUUAUCGCAACUUGGCCGGGAUCCUGGGCCUUCAGAGGAAUGCCACAGUACUCAAUUCACGCAUCAUCUCUGUGACGGUGAAGCCAGAACCUCAAUCCCUUGUUGCCCUGAUGGAAAUUGAAUUCUCCCAUUUGUAUAACGGAACCACAAACCAAACCUGCAUUGUCUGGGAUGAAACUGAUGUACCCUCCUCCUCCUCCUCCAUCACCACCUCCUCCUCCUCUUCUUCCUCUUUCUCUCUAUCUCAGCUUGGCGCCUGGUCCUGGAGGGGCUGCCGAACCGUCCCCGUGGAUCCCUUCCGAACCAAAUGCUUCUGUGACCGAGUCUCUACCUUCGCCAUCUUAGCCCAGAUUGCUGCUGACAUGAAUGCGGAAAAAGUGCUCGUCCCUUCGGUCACGUUGAUCGUUGGCUGUGGGGUGUCUUCCUUGACCCUCCUUCUCCUGAUCAUCAUUUAUAUCUCGGUCUGGAGGUAUAUCCGCUCCGAACGUUCGGUCAUCCUGAUCAAUUUCUGCCUUUCCAUUGUAUCUUCCAAUGCUCUUAUCCUGAUUGGACAAACUCAAACCCGUAACAAGGUGAUCUGUACCUUGGUGGCUGCUUUCCUCCACUUUUUCUUCCUCUCCUCCUUCUGCUGGGUGCUGACGGAAGCUUGGCAAUCCUACAUGGCCGUGACGGGCAGGCUACGGAACCGCAUCAUCCGCAAACGUUUCCUGUGCCUCGGAUGGGGUCUCCCAGCCUUGGUGGUUGCUAUCUCUGUGGGGUUUACUAAAGCCAAGGGCUACGGCACCGGGAACUACUGCUGGCUGUCUUUGGAAGGUGGUCUACUUUAUGCCUUCGUGGGACCAGCAGCUGCUGUGGUUUUGGUAAACAUGGUUAUUGGGAUUCUGGUGUUUAACAAACUUGUAUCCAAAGAUGGAAUAACAGAUAAGAAACUGAAGGAGCGGGCAGGUCAGAUGGCCGUGCCCCUUUAUGGCAUCACGCUCAAAUGUUCCAAGUGUGGAGUGGUGUCUUCUCCAGACGUUUCGGCCACAGCCACCAGUAACGCCAUGGCAUCCCUCUGGAGCUCCUGUGUAGUCCUUCCUCUGCUGGCCCUCACCUGGAUGUCGGCAGUGCUGGCCAUCACCGACCGCCGUUCGGCUCUCUUCCAGAUCCUCUUUGCAGUCUUUGACUCCUUGGAGGGCUUCGUCAUUGUCAUGGUUCACUGCAUUCUGAGAAGAGAGGUGCAAGAUGCUAUUAAAUGCCGAGUGGUGGAUCGUCAGGAAGAAGCCAACGGAGAUUCUGGAGGAUCGUUCCAAAAUGGACAUGCCCAGCUUAUGACGGAUUUCGAGAAAGACGUGGACAUGGCUUGUAGAUCAGGUGAGCACAUCACAGUGCUCAACAAAGACAUUGGGACAUGCCGGACCAUGACCAUCACCGGGACGCUGAAGCGCCCGUCCCUGCAGGAUGAGGAGAAGCUGAAGCUCAACCACCCGAAGGGAUCCUCCAACUUCAACAGUCUUCCAGCCAACGUCUCCAAGUUGCAUCUCCAGAGCUCUCCCCACUACCUGGGCGCUCUCAACCUCAACGACUUCAACAACCACACCCUGACCUUGAAGAAGGACAAGAGCCAAGCUCCCAAAUCCAUCUACAUCUGCGAUGGAGAUAUCUUCAAAAAGCUGGACACCGAGCUUUCGCGCGCCCAGGAACAAGCCAGGGACACCAGCUACGUCAUUCUGCCCACCAACACGUCCACCUUGAGGCCCAAACCGCCACCCCCGCCACCCCCGCCACCCCCGCCGCCACCCCCCAAGGACGACACCAAGUACAGUAUCAACAUUGACCAGAUGCCCCAAACAAGGCUCAUCCACCUCAGCAUGGCCACAGAUCCGGGCUUUGUGGUCAAGAGCCCACCGAGAGAGCCUGCAGGGAUCAGCUGCAGGGAAGGGCAGGCUUCGUCCAUGAUGCAGCAGCAGCCUUUGUCUCCGCCCUUGGUCAAUAAAUCUACGGACUCACAGUUGCCCAACAGCUUGUGUGACACGGGCAAGAGCAGCAACACCGGAAUCGUGACCAAGAACGAGGCAGUCAACACCCUCUCCAUGAGCUCCCUCGAAAGGCGGAAAUCGCGAUAUGCAGAACUAGAUUUUGAGAAAAUCAUGCACACAAGAAAACGUCACCAAGACAUGUUCCAGGACCUGAACCGGAAGCUGCAAAAUGCAGAGAAGGAAAAAGAAUCUCCACCCAUGGAGACUAAGGCCAUGAAAAGAUGGAGCAUUUCCUCAAGCGGCAGUGAUAAAACUAAUGCCAGUCAAGAGAAGCAGCCGACACCAAACAAGAGACCUUGGGAAACGCUCCGGAAGGUCCACUCGCCCCCAGCUUGGGUCAAAAAGGAGAUGGAGACUGAGAUUCAGUCUCCCUUAGAACUCAAAACUGUGGAAUGGGAGAAGUCAGGCACAACAAUUCCCCUGGUGGGACAGGACAUUAUUGACCUCCAGACAGAGGUCUGAGAAGGAGAGAAGAAAAGAAUAAGAAGAAGGAAAAAAAAAAGACUCUUUGGGUGUCUUUCCUCACCCUACUGGAAAACAAAACAAGAACAAAACAUAAACAGGUUAGAAACUUUUUUAAAAAAGAAAGAAAGAAAGAAAAAGAGAGAGAGAGAGAGAGAGAGAGAAAGAAAGAAAGAAAGAAAAAGAAAGAAAGAAAGAAAGAAAGAAAGAAAGAAAGAAAGAAAGAAAGAAAGAAAGAAAGAAAAGGAAAGAAAGAAAGAGAACCCGUGGUGUGGAAUUAAAAGGCAGAGAACUGAGCCAGCUGGAGUCUCGCUGAAAUCUAACUGCAGGAAAAUACAGGAUUAUCUUGGUUACAUCCUCCAUAGACCAAGAUGGAGGAAUUACCAUUCCUUUUUAGAGCACAGUAGUAGUAGUAAGUGAACGAAACCUGACUUUUCCCAAGUAACAAAGUAGAAAGAAAGGUUGGCCAAAGGGAAGGGUGGAAAUUGGGGAGGGCAAAAGAAGAAGAAUUAAACUUUUUCCAAAUGUCCUUAGAGGAAAACAAAGGACGAGUGGAGGGUCUUCGAUGUGGAUAGGCAUGUGGUGAUAACAAAUGUCAGGAAUGACGAAAAAAAAAAGAAGUGACGAGCAGAAAGAACAACGUUAACAGGAUACCAAGCAACAAAGAGAUCACUAUUGGAUACUAAUCUACUAGCACUUUGUCUCCUGAAUCCAUGAGGAAUGAAAAAGAGAAGAACACUCAUCAUCUUUUCAUGCCUCCUCGUCACCAGUGGGAAAGCCUCAGAAUCUCACACAAGACAUCUGCCCAUUGGACCUCUCCAUCAACCCUCCCUUGACCUCAUUGGGAGAAUAUCUGUGGAGAAGGAGAACCAAGGGAGACGGACAAACUGUCCGGGCUGGAAGAUUUCAAAUCCCUUUCUUCUAUUCCAAUUUUAUUUUUUGGGGCGACCUCUUCAGCAUCGGUAAGCGGAGUGUGACAUUUGGACAACGAACAACUCCUCUUAAGUUAAAAAUCCAUUCAACUGGAGAACCACCACAAAACCUGCUUUACUGGGUAAAAAGGGAGGGUGUUUUUUAAAAAUAAAAAAUAAAUAAAAGGAAAUCAAUGAACACAAAAAAAAAAGAAUGUAGGUCAUCCUAUCGACUCGUUAGUCAGUCAUCCAGAAACUCGUGGGGGGCUUUUAUUCCAAUGGUUCCUGCGAAUUCAGGGUUGUUGUUGUUUUUUGUUUGGUUUGGUUUUUCCCUCCUAUUUUUCAUUUCGAAAGACACAAAAAAAACCCCUCCCCAUCUUUUGACCCAUCCACUCUUCAAAGCAGAAAGUCCUCAGCGAACUAACCUGGAGACAUUGAAUAGAACAUUUGCCUUAGACUUUGAGACAAACUGAGACA